AUGCGCUGCGCCGUGCCUCUCCGCUGUCCGCCGUCGCCGCCCUCCUCCUCCGCUGCUGCUGCCGCCGCCGCCUUUCCCAACGGCCCGUCCGUCGCGCAGGGAAACCCGCAGCAGCCGAAGCAGAGUCCACCGUCGGCCGGAGGGAGGGAGGUGGAUUUGGCGCUUCGGAUGCAGGACCACGUAGCAAAGCUCAGUGAGAGGCUCACGCACGCCGAUGGUGUUAUUCAGCAGCAGGCAACUGCCUUUUCUAUGCUGCAGCGGCAGCAGGCGGUUCUGGAGAGGCGCGUGGUGGCGGUGGAGGAGGAGGCCGCGCGGGUGCAGCAAAAAAUCGCCGAGACGACGCGACUGGCCUCCGAUGUGGUCUUGCAGCACCGUAACGUGGAGGCCCUGGUGCGGCAGGUGGAGAAGCUUGUGCUGAAGCACGCCGCUGCGCCGAAGGGCGGGAGGUCCGCCGGUGGCGAGGCGCCCCCCUCCACAAGCGGGAGCCGUGGAGACCAGCGCGCGCUGCCGCAGGCCACGCAAGUGGCGCCGAACUCCCCCGCCGCCGCCGCGGCCUCGGCGGUUGCGGGGGUGGAGGCGCAGGUCGCUGCACUCAGUACCCGCCUGGAGGCGCUCCAGGCCCGCAUCGACCAGCUCACACUGGAAAAACUCGCCUUGGACAAGGUGCAGUCGCACGCCCAGAAGUUGACGAAGAAUCAGCAGCGACAGGAGUCUCUGGUGGAGGCGGCUGUGGCGCGUGUCACGGCGGCCGCUGGGGGAGGGGGUGGUGGCGGGGACGCAGGCUCGCCCGGGCACCCCAGCAAGUCGCUUGCGGCGCUGCUGAAGAGAACCGGGGCGUUCCCCUUUAAGGACGCCACCGGGGCCACGCGCAUCAGCAGCCAAAAGGUGCUCGUUCGCGGCGUACCUGUCAACUUUGGGGCCUCUGACAUCCGUGACUUGCUCUCGCGCGCCGGAGCCGUCGUGUCUUGCGUGGUGCGGCGAACGCCAGCCGCGCCGGCGCCGACGGAGGCAGCAGCCCACGCCCCCCGCUACCGCUCGCAGCAGCAGCAGCGGCAGGAGGAGGAGGAGGCGGCGGCGGCGGCGGGCGAGGCGGAGACGGCGGAUCCCCCCGCGACGAGCGCCGCUGCCGCCAAGGCGCAGGAGCGCGUCUUCGAGGUGACGUAUCAGACGGUGGAACAGGCGGUACGGGCGGUUCUGCAGCUAGACGCGUACAGGCUGCAUGGAAAGCACGUCAUAUCGGUGGAGCCGGUGGUCGCGGCGGACAUUAUAGCGGCCAUUCAGCAGCUGGAGCAGGAGUCCAGGCGGCGGUGA